GCCCAACGGCAGCCCAGAGGCUGUGCUGAGCUGGCACAGCGACAGCAGCAUGAACCGGACCCUCGCAUCCGUGCCUCUGUCGAGUCCCGAAUACUACGAGAAGGUGGGCCAACUCCUGCGUGGGCUGCGGGACAGCAGCUAAAGCCUGGUCUCCGGUUUGAGGAUGCGGCCGCGUCACAGAAUUUGCCCAGAAGUGAAAGUGGGAGUUCUUCUGCCUGUCACUCUCCAUCAAGCCUUUGAAAAGAAGAGAUUGGACCUGGAAAAGAAACUUUAUGAAUGUCAUCAGUCUGAUACAUACAAACUUAAGCUGAAAUAUGUAAAACUAAAGAAUUAUCUAAAGGAAAUAUGUGAAUCUGAAAAGAAGGCUCGUAUUCGAAACCAAGAAUAUUUAGAGCGAUUUGAGCGUGUCCAAGCUCAUGCUUUACACUUCACCACAAACACAGAGAAGCUUGAAAAACUGAAGCUUGAAUAUGAGAUUCAAAUUAAGAAGAUGCUACUCUCAAAAAAGAGUCUGGGACUAAAAGGUGAACUGAAAGAUGAAGACAGAGAAAAGGUUGCAGUGCAGGAGGGAAUUAACUCAGGAACAGCCAUGUCAAGAGAUCAUCUUGCUCACGGGGACCCAAAGUCACAAAAGCCCUUCAGAAAAAAGCAGGAAGAGGAGGAGGAGGAAAGUUGGAGCACCAGCAGUGACCUCACUGUUUCAAUAAGUGAAGAUGACCUAUUUUUAAAGAGCCCAGAACCACAGCCAAUUCCAGGCGGCAAGGUGGAGGGAGAAGAUGGAAUAGAGGCCUUAAAAUUAAUCCAUGCUGAGCAAGAAAGAGAUGCCCUAUCCACUGAAAAAAAUAAUUGUAUUUUGCAAACCCUAAGCUCUCCUGAUUCAGAAAAGGAAUCCUCCACUCACACACCAACUAGAGAACCUGGACAAGCACCAGACUCAGGCGUACCGAGGGCACUGGUGGGUCAGCAUGUUGCCACCUUGAAAGAACAUGAUAAUUCUCUCAAAGAAGAGGCAACAGCAUUAUUGAGAAAAGCCCCUACAGAAGAGUGUGGCCAUAGGUCAGCUAUUCACAGUAGUGAAUCAUCUUGCAGCUUGCCAUCCAUUCUGAAUGACAAUAGUGGAAUAAAGGAAGCCAAAUUUGCUCUAUGGCUCAACAGCGUUCCUACAAGGGAACAAGAAGUUUCAAAUGGCUGUGGAGACAAGAGCAAGAAAGAAAACAUGGCUGCAGAUAUCCCAAUCACAGAAACAGAAGCCUACCAGUUGCUGAAGAAGGCUAUCCUUCAGGGUAAUACAAAUCAAACUGAAAACAGGUUUCAAAAGGCAGAUGCUUCUGUGUCACACUUGUCAGAAACAGAAGCCUACCAGUUGCUGAAGAAGGCUAUCCUUCAGGGUAAUACAAAUCAAACUGAAAACAGGUUUCAAAAGGCAGAUGCUUCUGUGUCACACUUGUCAGGUUUGAAUAUUGGCAGCGGUGCAUUCGAGACAAAGACAGCUAACAAAAUUGCGUGGGAAGCUGGUUUUUCAUCUAGUGAAGGAAGUCCUUUGUCAAGGCAUGAAAACAAAAAGAAACUCAUGAUCAAGUUAAAAUCUAAUGCCCUCUGGGAUGAGUCUGAUGACAGUGACUCAGAAAUUGAGGCUGCUUUACGCCCUAGAAACCAUAACACUGAUGAUUCUGAUGAUUUUUAUGACUAACUUGCUGUGACAUCUGUUGUAAAUAAAGUCUUUAAACAAACUGAAA